ACGUCGACGUCGUCGACUUGCCGAUCGAUCGAUCCAAACGAUUCCCCAACCCUCGUCGGAGGACCUCGCCUACUCCGAGGACCGCUGCUCCCCGCUCCCCCUCCUUGUCGUCGCCGUCGUGCUCCGCCGCCGCAACUCGGGAUCGGAUCGGCCUCGUGCGAUGGAGAGAACAAUUCAUUCCCUGACAUACAAAGGAUCUAUUCCCGAUGCAAUUAAUCAAUCAAGAAGGGAGAAAAAGCUCUUUGUAGUCUACAUAUCAGGAGAAGAUGAGGCUUCAAGUAGUUUGGAACAGUCAACACUGGUCGAUGAAAAUGUGGUAGAAGUGAUAGGAAGAUGCUGCAUCUUCUUGCAUCUCAAACAAGGCAAUGUUGAUGCAUCACAGUUUUCAGCUAUCUAUCCCCAAAAGUCUGUGCCAAGUAUAUCCGUGAUUGGACUGAAUGGAGUUAUGCUAUGGAAUCAUGAGGGACAUAUCAGUUCCGAGAAUAUGAAAGAAAGUAUCGAGAAAGCUUGGGCGGCCCUUCAUCUUCAGGAAACAGCAGCAACCUUGUUGACAGCAUUGCUUGCUUCAAGAAAUGCUGAACCUGUGAAUACUACUACUACUAUACUUCCACAAGGAGGCUCUGCUACUUCAGAAAAUUCUUCUUUUUCAUCCACUGCGCCAGACAUUUCUGGAGCCAGUGGAGUUGCUCAUUCAGCUGAAUUUGUGUCACAACUACCUAGUGGCACCAACCAUGAUGAACUGGUUGAGAUAAAUGAAAUACAAGGCGAAGGGUCAAAAUCAGAUUCAGGUGAUAGAGCUGUUGAAAAUAUAGAUUCAGCAUCUACUGAAGUUGAAUGUGAUUUGUCUGUUAGUUCAAGGAGUUCAAACAUGGGUAAUUUUGCAGACCCAGAAGAUGAAGACACUACACCAUCACUGAAAAGAAAGAACAAAGAUGAUGGAACUUGCGCUGCAAUUCCUGUGGUGGCGACUCCUAGUACAAGUAGUACUCAGGGCGUUUCCACCCAGUUGCUUGUGCAACAAGAUAACAUAACUUCUAGUGCCCCUGAUGAACCUGUUUCUGAUUCUGUGAAAUCAGAUGAUAUUCAACUCAGCAUUCGUAUGCCCAGUGGAAAUAGACUGGAAAUUAAAUUGACAAAACAAGAUGUGUUAAGGAAAGUGAAGAAUUUUGUGGAUGAAAACAAGGGCAGUGGGCUUGGCUCUUAUGAUCUCUCUCUAGUUUAUCCAAAAAGAGUUUUCUCUGAACAAGAUAUGGAAACCACACUAUAUGAGCUGGGUAUUCAAAACCGUCAUGCUAUGAUUGUUGUUCCACAUCGGCAGCCUGUUCAGGUAUCAAGGCUUCAAUCAUCAUCGUCGUCAUCAUGUUACGAUGCUGGUGACAGUUCAGGUGGUGGGGGAUAUUUUGGUUACUUGAGAACCAUCAUGUCUUAUGCGAAUCCCCUUUCCUACUUGAGGGGAAAUCUUACUACGUCAAGGCCUGAGCUAGAGCCAAAUGAAGGCCGCCCAUCUGGUACAUGGAGUGAGCGCGGGCCUCUUCCUGGUAACAGGGGCCAAGAUGCGACUGAUGAGAGCUCUGCAAACACGCUGCGAAGGCGGUCCAGACCAUUUGGUGCCAAUGUCCACACUCUAGGGAGCGAUGACCAGGGUCCAUCUGAUGAUCGAAAUGUUUUCUGGAAUGGGAACUCCACAGAGUUUGGAGGUGGUGACCAGAAAUAAAAAGCAGCACACUAUAUCAGAAUCAAAGUUGGUGAGUAUAACUGAAACAAAUGCCACGACGGUGACUGAGAAUCUGAGAUAUUGAAUAUAGUGGCAAAAUUAACCCCUAGAUUGUAAAGUUUACUUUUGUGGAAUGUUUAUACAUAUGGUUACGGUCGCUGGAUCAUUACACUUCAUUGUAUAGAUAGCCAGAGAUUAAACUUUAACUGUCUGGUUAUAUUGUAUGGACCACAUUUGCUUUGGCCUAGGCCAUCGGUCGUUACAAACACAGUGGCUGCUACAGAUUUUGCGUUAAGUUCA